AUGUCCAAUACUGAAGCCGACGAGACCACCUCGCUUCUUCCGACUCAAUCACCCAAGCCCGAUACCGUCGAGGACGAAGAAGAAACCAUGAGCGGCCAGCUGUACUGGAAGGUCGGAGCUGUCUUCGGCGCCACCGCCGUCGGCUUCGGAGCCUUCGGGGCCCACGGCCUCAAGAACCGCAUUUCUGAUCCCGCAAAGAUCGCCAGCUGGACGACCGCAGCCCACUACCAGCUCGCACACUCGAUCGCUCUGCUCAUCGCCCGCCAAAACCCCGUGGCUGCCGGUUUCUUCACCGCUGGCAUGACGAUGUUCAGCGGCAGCAUCUACGCCCUCAUCCUCAACCCCGACCUCAAGUUUCUCGGCCCUGUCACUCCCAUUGGUGGUCUCGCUUUGAUUGCUGGAUGGCUAGCUCUCGCCUUUACCAAGGGACGUGUCCGCUUCUAA